AUGUCGGGAAGACCAGCAAGAUUCAAUCAAACCACCCUCAUUGAUACCACUCCUCUCCCCGCUGAGAUUCCACCCGUCACAGAGGUUGGGAGCAGCUCGGCCCCGUUGCUAUCUGCCAGCUUCUUUAUUGGAGCGAGAUGCAGGCCGUACAACGAUGAUUUCAUGCAGUGCAAGACCGAAAGUCCGGGGAAGGGCGAGAUUGACUGUCUGAAGGAGGGCCGAAGGGUCACUAGAUGUGCCACAAGUGUGAUUGAGGACGUGAAUAAGCACUGUCUUGCAGAGUUCCGCAAGCACUGGACCUGCCUUGACGAUAACAACCAGCAGCUAUGGCAAUGCCGACCCCAAGAAUGGAAGCUCAACAAAUGUGUUUUUGAUAACCUAAAAAUUGAGAAGGUCAUCCCGGACACACCUAAGGGCGAGACUCCCGUACAUCUCAAGACACGACAAAUCUAUUCUCACCAUGGACCUUGA